AAGAAAAAAAACAAACAAAUAUAUACGAAAAAAAAACACUGCGGACCGUGGGCGCCCAUUAAAUCUUGUUUUAGCUUUUUUUUUUGGUUUUUUGUUUUGUUUGAAUUUAUUAAAUUUUUUGUUUGCACACCAACAAGUUAAAAAAAAAAGUAACACAUCAAAGAGAAAGACAAGGUCGUGGAAAAUUUGCAAACGAGAAACGAAAACUAGUUCGAAUUCGACGUCGAAUUAGUUUGUGUGCGUUGUGUGUUUGUUUGUUCGUUCGUUCGUUAUGACGGCCAGUACGACAAGUAGCAAUCAGGCAACAGGUAAAGCUACAGUCCCAACUGUUGUGCCCCAACCCAUUGGCAAGGAUAUGGAAUCAACACAGGCAACACAGUCAGAGUCGCAGUCACAGGAUCAACCCUUGCAAGAGCUUAGCGAAAUCUUCUUUGUGGAAAACAAUCGACGCAAACAGAGCAUACGCAUCCAGGUGAAACUAUGUCCGGAAGGUGUCUAUUUGCGUCGCCAGACCGAACAGGAUGAUCACAUUAAUGAGCAGUUAAUACGUAUUGAUGAUAUUAUCGGUUCCCGUUAUGGUUCACGUUUGAAGAAACGUGCCCGCGGCGGUUUAAGCUCGUGCAAGAAUCCCAAUGCCAAUGUACCCGAACCGGAGGAUGAGCAGCCACAAGCGGCAGGCACGGGCAAGGAUAACAGCGCCUUUCUAUACAUCUAUGCGUACCUGAAGAAGGAGAAGCCACUGCGUCGUGUCCAGACAUUGCGCAUUUUACGUUUUCGCUCAAGCAAUGACUUUGCCGAGAAUUUGCGCACAGCCGAACUUUGGCAUCAUACAAUACGUCAGCAUAAAUUGCAAAGGAGUGGGAAUAGUGGGGAGAAACAGCUGCUAAUCUUACUCAAUCCCAAGUCGGGAUCAGGCAAGGGACGCGAACUGUUCCAGAAACAGGUGGCCCCACUAUUGCGUGAAGCGGAGGCGCAAUACGACUUGCAGAUCACAACACAUCCGAACUAUGCUCAGGAAUUUGUGAGGACCAACAAAAAUCUGCUUGAACGUUAUUCCGGCAUUGUGGUUGCCUCCGGCGAUGGCCUCUUCUAUGAGGUGCUCAAUGGUCUGAUGGAGCGCAUGGAUUGGCGGCGAGUGUGUCGCGAAUUGCCACUGGGCAUCAUACCGUGCGGUUCGGGCAACGGUCUGGCCAAGAGUGUGGCCCAUCAUUGCAAUGAGCCGUACGAACCAAAGCCCAUUCUGCAUGCUACUCUUACCUGUGUGGCCGGCAAAUCUACGCCCAUGGAUGUGGUUCGUGUGGAAUUGUCACGGCGGGACAAGCAUUACGUGAUGUAUUCGUUUUUGUCGGUUGGCUGGGGCUUGAUUGCUGAUAUCGACAUCGAAAGCGAACGCUUGCGUUCGAUUGGUGCCCAACGGUUUACAUUGUGGGCCAUCAGACGAUUAAUCACAUUGAGAAGUUACAAGGGCAAACUGUAUUAUAAAUUGGGUAAAACGGAGGGAAAGUCAACUGAAGCCAAAUCAUCAACUGAAGCGGAGCCACCAGCACCACCAAAGACACAAAACGUCGAGUUACGAGAGGAAACAUCGGCGCCGAUAACACAACAACAACAAAUCGAUGAAUCCAAUCGAUUAGCAUCGCAACGUCUCUCGCUGCCCAUUAAUUCGCCCGAAUUUAAGGAUAUCCCCGAUGAUGAUGAUGAUGCUGCUACUGCUGCUGCUGAUAAUGAAACGAUCGCCAGGAAUGCCGUUGACGAUGAAUUUUCCGAUGUUAUGUCCCUAAAUCGAUCAAUUUAUCGCCAGCAUGCCGAUAGUUGGCACUCGGCAGUAUCACGACGAACUGCCUACUACUCGGUGGGAGGACAAAGUACUCGCUCGAAUCGCAGCCGUUUGAGUGUGGCCCAAAAGAUCGAAGAUGCCAAUGCCGAGUUCGCUGAACUAGUGCCCACUGGCACAAUGCCGGGACUACAAUUGCCUCUACCUUCAGCAGAUGGUUGGAUAUCUGAGGAAGGGGAGUUCGUAAUGGUUCAUGCAGCAUACACAACACAUUUGGCAUCCGAUUGCUUCUUUGCCCCCGACUCACGACUCAACGAUGGCCUAAUCUAUUUGGUCAUUAUACGGGCGGGGGUCGGUCGACCGCAGUUACUUAAUUUUCUACUCAGCAUGAACAGUGGCACUCAUUUACCCGAGACCAAUAAUGAUCCCUACAUACAGGUGGUGGCCGUGGAAGCUUUUCGCAUUGAACCGAGUGGCAACCAGGGCAUUCUUACGGUCGAUGGUGAGCGAGUGGACUAUGGACCCAUUCAGGCUGAGGUAUUUCCGGGCAUGAUCAAGGUUAUGACCACAAAUGGCGAAUAAAUCGAAUCCCACCAGAACUCUAAUCAGUUAAGGUUAAGAAUUUAAUUCUUUUGGUUUGCCUAUUGUUAAUUUUUAUAUAUUUUAAGACCACACACACAGACACGGAUACACAAACAAACAAUAAAAAGCUGUUUUUACCUCACACUCAUUCUUA